CAACGUCAAAGCAUAUAAAGAGGCCUGAACCCAUUUCCAAAAGAUUUCCCCCUCUGAUCCUCGGGCCCUUUCAAAAUGGCCCUUCUAAUUUCGUUUAUAAUUGGGUUACAGGUUCUACAUUCCUUGGCUCAUCCAGCCCGGCCACCACCAGCUAGCCAGCUAAGUUCCCCACCAUGCAAUUCUUCUGUCAUAAAAACAACAGCAGAAGAGGCCCUCGACAGGAUCAAUGCCGACCGAAAGGAAGGCUAUGUAUUCGGCCUCCAGCGAAUCUUUGAUGUCCGCGAACUUCCACAGGGGCCUGAUAGCUCUAUCUUAUACCUCACUUUGGAUGUGUUGGAAACCAGUUGUCAUGUCCUGAGUAGGAAAUCAUGGAAAAACUGCGAGUCAAGACCGCAACAUGAGACAGUCUACGGGCAGUGUAAAGCCACCCUUCGUAUCACCAGGAGCGGUGAAUUCAGUUUUCUCUAUAACUACGACUGCCUCUUACGUCCACUUUCUUCAGUAGCUAUUGCAAGGCUGUGCCCUGACUGUCCAACCCCUGGUGACCCAACGGAAACCAAGUUUCAAGAGGCAGCUGCUGAGACUCUGGCAAAGUUCAAUGCAGAAAACAAUCACAGACACUACUUUGCCCUCCUCAAUGUCACCAAGGCGAGUUCGCAGUGGGUUGUUGGUCCUGCCAAGUUUGUGGAAUUUACCAUCCAGGAGACAUCCUGUUCUAAAAGCAAGUCUGUGUCUGAAAUCUCUACAUGCCCGUUCCUUCCACCUGAAACAGCAGAAACAGGUUUGUGCAAAGGCUCUGUAGUAGCCAGUCAAAUAGAACAUCGGACAUUUGUCACUGUCAACUGUGUCUUCUUCCUUCCACAGGGUCCUGGCACUACUGAACAAACUCCGCCAUCUGGACCUCAGUCUGGGCAGCAAGGACAACAUUCAGAGGAAGGAAGCCAUGAAGGCGACCGUCACCAUCACCAAAGAGGGAAAGGACACCGUCAUCAUCACCAUCAGGGUGGCCAUCCAAAUAACAAGCAUCAUCCCAAGCAUCAUGGGGAUCACUCCCGUGGGCACCAAGAAGCACAGUCACCACAUCCCCAUCCGGUGGACCAGGAGAAAACAGUGGGGCGGGUGGUCAUCCUUCCCCCUUCAACCGAGCACGUUUCCCUUCACUCAUUACCUGAAAUUGGAGCAGAACACCUGGAUGGGAAACCUGUCCCACCUCCUCAAGUGCAGGAGCCCAAAUUCACCCCCAGCCUGGAUGCUCCUGUAGAAACUCAUCCACCCCAAAAACCAGAACAUCCAGGCUUAAGAAAGCCAGGUAGACCAGGCCUGGGUAAGCCUACUAGACCAAGCUUGGGUGAGCCAAGUAGAUUAAGCAUUCCUCCCUACCCAGCUGGGUUUUCAGCAUCAGAUACCUGUCCAGGAGAGAGCACAAUAAACAUCCUUGGCCUUGACUUGCCUGAGAGGCCGGUAGUAAAGGCAACCCCAUUAGAUAAAUCAUCCCUAGCAGAAUAAUGUAGAUCCCCAGAAGGCGAGUCAACGCAUCCUUUCCAUUUUAGAGAAGCUUUGGCAGCAGAAGUGCACAAAAUGUGUUAAAUUGGAUUUGUGUGAUGCCCACACACCCCAAGCAGGUUACAUAUCUGUUCCGAGUCUCCCAAGAUCCUCAGUGUAUGCAUACACAGCUAUUUAUAAUUUUUUCAUUGACAGGAAAUUUUGUUUGACAGGAACACAAAGACUUUUAUUCCUGGGGGGCCUCUCAGAGUGAUGGUUUCUCAUUAGGAAGGUUGGAAGUUGUCCAAGAGAACCCACAGCAUUCCCCAAACACCCAAAAACUGAAACCAGAAACUGACAUGUGGGCACUAAAACCUAGUCCCAACCAAAGUAGACCCAUUGACAAUGACAGCAUGGUAGAACAACAUGUGAUUCAGUGGACCUACUCUGCUCAAAUUUUGAGGAAACGUGGAAUCGUGCAAUACAUUAAAGAGAAUGUGUGCUUCCUUUGAUAAACUCAAGAAUCAGAGUUGCAAAAUAAAUCAGUGUUCAUUUUCCAAUCA